CCACUCCACUGCUCACUGCUGCUGUGUGUGAAGACUGAAGGAGAGGAGGACCCGACCACGACUGCCCGACAACUUGUACAAUGGACGCUACAGAGUUCCGGAGGAGAGGGAAGGAGAUGGUAGACCUGAUAGCAGAUUACCUGGAGAACAUAGAGCAGAGGCCGGUGUACCCCGACGUGGAGCCUGGGUACCUGCGGUCRCUCAUCCCUGAGGAGGCCCCUGAGGAGCCCGAAACCUACGAGGACGUGGUCAAAGACAUUGAGAGGGUCAUCAUGCCUGGGGUGACACACUGGCACAGCCCGUACUUCUAUGCCUACUUCCCCACGGCUAACUCCUUCCCGGCCAUGCUGGCAGACAUGCUGUCUGGAGCUAUUGGUUGCAUCGGAUUCUCCUGGGUAUCUGCCAGCCCGGCGUGUACAGAGCUGGAGACAUCCAUGAUGGACUGGCUCGGGAAGAUGCUCAAGCUGGCCAGAAGACCUUCAUCGCGGGACACCACCGGACAAGGAGGAGGCGUCAUCCAGGGUACGGCCAGUGAAGCGACUCUAGUGGCUCUCCUAGCUGCCCGCUCCAGGGCGGUCAGAAUGAUCCUGGCCAGUGACCCACAGCGUCCAGAGACUGGCAUUACCUCCAAACUGGUGGCCUACUCCUCCGACCAGGCUCAUUGCUCGGUGGAACGAGCAGGUAUGAUUGCCGGAGUGAGGAUGAAGAAGAUUCCGACUGAGCAGUCAGACAAGUAUGCUGUCCAGGGAGAGACCCUCCGGAGAAUGAUACAGGAAGACAAGGCUGCAGGACUCAUCCCCUUCUACUUCUGUGCUACUCUUGGGACCACUCCCUCAUGUGCAUUUGAUCACAUUACUGAACUUGGGCCCAUAUGUAAUGCAGAGAAAAUCUGGAUGCACAUUGAUGCUGCAUAUGCUGGGAGUUCCUUUAUCUGUCCUGAAUUCAGACCCCUGUUGAAUGGCAUUGAGUUUGCAGACUCAUUCAAUUUCAACCCACACAAAUGGCUGUUAGUCAACUUUGACUGCUCUACAAUGUGGGUGAGGAAAAGAUCUGAUCUCAUUGGGGCCUUCAAGAUGGAUCCUCUAUACCUGAAACAUGAUCAUCAAGAGUCAGGGCUGGUCACAGAUUACAGGCACUGGCAGAUUCCACUGGGCCGAAGGUUCCGCUCUCUCAAGAUGUGGUUUGUCUUCCGGAUGUAUGGGCUCAAAGGCCUUCAGGACUACAUCCGUAAGCAUGUGGAGUUGGCCAAAGAGUUUGAGAGCCUGGUUCGCGCUGACCAGCGCUUUGAGAUCAGCGCAGACGUGGUCUUGGGGCUGGUCUGCUUUAGACUAAAGGGCUCCAACGAGGUGAACGAGACCUUGCUGAAGAGGAUCAACAAUGGUAGGAAGAUCCACCUGGUGCCGUGCCAGCUGUCUGGUCAGUUUGUGCUGCGCUUCGCCGUCUGCGCCCGCACCACCGAGUCACGUCACAUCCGCGAGGCCUGGCGACUCAUCACACAGCUGGCCGAAGAGGUCAUGCAGGAGCUGCCCCACUGACCAUCCACAUUGACUAGACAGGCUGGGUUGGACCAGGGGCUGUAAUGUAUCAAGCAGUAUUUCAGAGUAAGAGUGCAGGUCUAGGAUCAGGUCCUCCCCUGUCCAUUCAUUAAAAUAUAAAAGGCAAAAAAMAUCCUAGAAACGGAUCUUAGAUCAGCACUCCUACUCUGAGAUGCUUGAUGAAUAAGGGCCCUAACCCCACCUGACCAUGGCCGGUAUUCAAAACGUGUCUCAGAGUAGGAGUGUCCAUGUUAUCUUAUUCCUUGUGAAGUAAAAGGCUAAACUGAUCCUAGUUCAGCACUCCUACUCUGAGAUGCUAUAUGAAUACAGGCCUGGAUCUCACUCAAUGGAGGCUGCUGAGGGGAGGACGGCUCAUAAUAAUGGCUGAAACGGAGCGACUGGAAUGCCAUUAAACCAUGUGUUUGAUACCAGUCCACCGAUUCCGCUCCAGUCAUUACCACGAGCCCAUCCUCCCUAAUUGAGGUGUCACCAACCUCRUGUGAUCUCACUGUGUUUACAUCAUCAGCAUACUGUAACUGCAGCCCUUUCUCUUUGCUGUCUCAUCCCAUGUGUGUAUUUAUAUGUGUGGUUGUAUGUGAAUCAGUGAAUUUGUGUGGGUGAGUGUGAAUAAAUUAAAGGUGCGUAUGUSGGUGAAGCAAAUCAUAUCCAGAUGUUAAGGUUUUGCCUGAUAGGUUACUGUAGUGUAGGGUUUACUGACAAUACUCAAGCAUGUGUUCUAUGUAAAACCAGACUGACUGAGUUCUGCUCUGACUCCACACCAGUGUGCUAAAUGAGAGAGGCCAGGCUAGACACGGGCACCACCCCCCUCAGGGCUCUGUGUAUGCCCCACCUGCUCCUACAACCCCUCUCCACCCUCACCCACACUGCCCUGUCCCUUCUCAACCAACUGUUCAUCCAAAUCACUUUAGAGAAAGGCCAGCAUGCUAAAAAUACAGGCAAGGACUUAGUAUGUGGGGCUUUAUCCUGCCUGAGGUUUAUCCAGGCUCUGAUCACUCAGCUGUGUUUACCUGCUCUAGUGGAGUGAUUAGUAGAGGUAUUCAAUUCAGUACAACAUUAUUUAUCCCCUUAGGGACAUAUUGAUUAAAACAUUGGGAUAGUGUAGGUCCCUAAAACAAGAUUGCACAUUAUACAUGUUCACAAUUCAAAACAUUUAAGAGUCAGAAAACAUUGUAUGGUUUGGCACCAUUAUGCAGUAAGUAGAGAUAUAAACAGUUAGUAUCCCACAAGGUUUGAGCUGUUCACUGUUUUCAUGAAGCCCAAAAAAUAAGUAAAAACAUUAACAGCCUGUUGAGAUUAUGCCAAAGAGAGAAACAGGUAUCUUAUGCCAGAGACACAGGUAUCUUAUACCAGAAAAACAGUUAUCUUAUACCAGAGACACAGGUAUCUUAUACCAGAGACACAGGUAUCUUAUGCCAGAGACACAGGUAUCUUAUACCAGAGACACAGGUAUCUUAUACCAGAGACACAGGUAUCUUAUACAAGAGAAACGGGUAGCUUAUAUCAGAGUUGUGGCCUUUCCCAUGUCAAUUCUGAAUGUAAACUAAAAUUCUAAUUCCAAAAUGUUCUCAUAGAGAAGCAUUGAGCAGAAAUGUUUAAUUCCAUAAUCGACUGAAUUGAAAAGGAAUUGACCCCAACUCUGUUUCAUAAGCAGCUUUGUCCUGAACAUCAUAAUAAUAACCCAUGAGACACAUGAUGAGACAAAUAACAGCUCGUAUGGGAGCAUCAGUUAAAACACUUACAGUAGGCUUUUGCCCUGCAUGAAUAAAAUAUACAGACAACAGUUAAUGUCUCAGUUGAUUUGAAGAGACACAAAAACAAUAUAUACCUAGCUUCACUUAAUGCCCUCAGCAGUAGCAGUGAGCCAAGGAGGAAUUGACUUGAGAGGGUCUCUCCUUAAGAAGGUAAUAUGAAUGUGUACUUUACUGUAUGCACAUCAUAUGAUGUUUCUGUUGGGCUGUUGGAUAAACAAACAAGUUGAAUUAGAUUAGACCUUUAAGCUGUGAAUCCCAGCAUGUCAUGGAGUCACUCGAAAUGAAUUAACUAUGUAAUCUUAAGAGAUAAAAUAUCCCUGUCCCUGGUUUGAUUCACAAGUCAAGUGUGCCUUUUGAAUGAGGGAUGGAGGGGUGUGUGUGUGUAGAAUAUGUGUAGUGGURUCUAUUUGUCUCUUUUGUGUCUGUGUUUACUUGAUAUAACCAGCAGUGGGCUGACUGCUUCAGUCUCACACUGGGGGGAAAUUGUAUUGUUAACUUGAUCAUCUUUUACCUGGCGAUAAGGUGGUAGUGCAAUCCUAUGUUUUUUGAAGGAGGAAAACCUUUAGCAUAGCUGUAUUCUUUUAUAUGCUUUGAGUGGCUUUGUGGCUUCCUGCUACUUAUCUGCCUCGUGGCAUCAUUGUAUGGUCCUCUUUACACAACAAAAUAAAUGUGUUUGCGAUGUG